AUGCAAAUCCAUGUGUCCACUGCAGUAGGUCUUGUGCCUCUCCUUUUUAACCAGCUCUAUUAGAAAAGCUUGCAGUCAUAGUGAUAGGAUUACUCUGGGCUCUGAUUUUACCAUGGCUCCUGCAGCCUUUCCCGCCUCCUUUUUUCUCUGUCUGCUUCUGGCCUCUGGCUUGGCCCAGGCAGGCAGGCUGCUGGUGGUGCCCAUGGAUGGGAGCCACUGGUUCACCAUGCAGAUGGUUGUGGAGAAGCUCAUUCACAGAGGGCAUGAGGUUGUGGUAGUCAUCCCAGAGGUGAGUUGGCAGCUGGGGAAAUCACUGAAUUGUACAGUGAAGACUUACUCAAUUUCUCACACUCUGGAAGACCUGGACAGAGAGUUCAAGUAUUUAUCUUACACUCAAUGGAAAACUCCAGAACACAGUAUACGUUCUUUCUUGACUGGUUCAGCCAGAGGUUUCUUUGAACUAACAUUUUCACACUGUAGGAGUUUGUUUAACGACAAGAAGUUAGUGGAGUACUUGAAGCAGAGAUCUUUUGAUGCAGUAUUUCUGGAUCCUUUCGAUGUGUGUGGAUUAAUUGUUGCCAAAUAUUUCUCACUCCCAUCAGUGAUCUUUGCAAGAGGUGUAUUUUGUGACUAUCUUGAAGAGGGUGCCCAGUGCCCAAGUCUUCCUUCCUAUGUUCCUAGACUUUUCUCAAAAUCCACAGACACCAUGACUUUCAAGGAGAGAGUGUGGAACCAUCUUAUCUACAUUGAAGAACAUGCAUUUUGCUCCUACUUUUUAAGAACUGCUGUUGAAGUUGCAUCUGAAAUUCUCCAGACCCCAGUGACUAUGGCAGACCUCUUUAGCCCAGUGUCUAUUUGGUUGCUACGCACUGACUUUGUGUUGGAGUUCCCCAGGCCUGUGAUGCCUAACAUGGUUUUUAUUGGUGGGAUCAACUGCCUCCAAAAGAAGUCACUUUGCAAGGUAUGCUAUAUGCUCUUUAGCAUGUGAAGAUAGCCCUAGUGUUAGACAAUAUAAAAGGAAAUUCUUUACUGAUCUGUGAUUUAUUGUUUUUAUUAUUAUGUAUGUAAUUUCUUUUGGGUUAGAGAAUUAUUUUUGUGCCAAUUUACUAAUUAGGAGAAUAAUUCUAUAUAGGUGACUUAUUGAUAGAAGUAUGUACAGCUGUGGCAUAAUUGUAUAUAAAUUCCAAAGUACAAUCUAAUUUUCAAUAUACAUGUAUGCCUUCAUAAUGUAUGUGUAAGUCAUGAAAUUAGUAAGGCGAGAUGAAAGUAAACUUUCAUGAGUAGAAACAAAGACAGUAAUGAUAGACAUGUUACAUCAACACAGAAUGAGCACUAUUCAGGGGCAGGAAGAGCUGUGCAUUCCAGGGUCUGUCUCCCUGAAAUGUCUUGCUGUGGGUCUCUGUGUUUGUUCCCAUCUGCUGCAAGAGAAAACAGCUAUGCUGAUGGCUGAAUAAGAUCCUGACUAUGAGUCCAGCAGAACACCAGUGGGAGUCAUUUUAUUGUCAUCUCUUUUUAAACAUUACCCAAAGUAUUUGUUUUUGCCUUGGCUCUUGAGUCUAUCCAGACCCAAUCAGUGUUAGAAGUGAGCUCCAUCUCAUGGAGUGGGCCUUCAGUCAAAUCAGACAUUGCUUGGUUAAUCUCACAAGGUUUGUACCUCCAUUGCUCUAAUAUAAUCAAGACAGAUUGUAGGUCAAUCAUAUUGUGGUUGGCUUUGCUAUCCUGCAUCAUACCUUUCCAUGUCAUAGAUGCUAGAGCACGGGGCUGAAGGUUCUAUGCAGGCACCAGCUCCAGCUCUCCAUGUUCAGUGAGUUGUGUGUAUGUUAUUGUCAACACUGGGACCUUGCUGUCAGUGUGUGGAGAGCAACCUAUUGUCUUGGCAACAGCCUGGGCUGUUUAGGGAUUUCCAUGGAAUCCUUUUGGCUAACAACAGCUUUAGAUGAAACCCAGUCUCAGCACUGAAAGCUUUGUUUGGUCACAAGAUAUGGCCGGCAGGGUUUUUGUCUCCUUUAAUAUAUGGAAACAUCAUUAGGAUUACUUCCUUUAGAAUAGGAAGUUUCCACUUCACGAAGGUACCUUGCUUCAGGUAGCUAGUGUCGUCUUGCUAUGCUGCCCUUGUCCAGCUCUGUACCCUAACCCACAGGCCACUUACUGCCUAUAUCCAAGGCUCUGCCCCUGGCCACAGCACAGAGUAAAUGAGCUCCUUCUGAAAGGCCAGCUCCAUGCUGAUGAGAUCAGGUCUCUGGAAAGUGAUCUCCCCCCAGGUGGACUACACUUUCCAGGGUGCAUCUUGCCAAGCAGAAAUUUAUGGGUAGUCAUAUUGCUGAAGAGCUUGUGAGUCCUGCAGAGAGACUGCUCUUUUUCCAGUCACUUACGUGAAUCCUACAGAUCUAUGAGCAUAGGAGACUCUUCCAUCUUCUGAUAUCUUCUUCCAUUUCUUUCUUCAAACACUUGAAGUUUUUAUCAUACAAGACUUUCACUUGCUUGAUUACUUAUACAUAUUAGAGGUAAGCUCUUUUAGAAUUCUCUCUCUUAGACUUAACAAGAUAUUUUAUAUUAUUUGAGGCUAUUGUGAAAGGUGAUAUUUCCCUGAUUAUCUUUCUAGUCUAUUUGUCAUUUAUAUAUAGGAGGGCUACUGAUUUUCUGAGUUAAUUUUAUAUCCAGCUACUUUACUGAAAGUGUUCAUCAGCUGUUGGAGUUCCCUGGUGAAAUGUUUAGGGUCACUUAUAUACACUACCACAAUUUGAUUUCUUCCUUUUCAAUUUGUACCCCGAUCUCCAUCAGUUGCCCUAUUGCUCUAGCUAAGAUUUCAAGUACUAUAUUGAAUUCGUGUUGAAAGAGUAGACUGAACACCUUAACAAAGACAUAAAGAUACAAGAUGUUCUUUUCUAUGCAUUUUGCUUGCCAAUACAUUAGACACACAAGCAAUAGCUUUACAGACUUAUCAUUUUCCUUUAGUGAUCACAUUACAAUCUUUUUAUUGAAUGACCUUGUUUUGUAAGUGAUAAUUAGUUAUAUUUGCUAGCUUUCUGUCUUUGGAUUUUGUGAAGAAGACUGUGCUGGUUUUUUAAUACUUUCUUUACAUCAACAUGUUUCUGUAUUAUGUCCUGAUAUCUCAUAAAGCAAAAGAUAACACUGUUAGGUAAUACAUCUGGGCAUGUGCCACACUCAUGCACACCAUACAUUCUUAGUUACACACACACACACAAUCCACCACCAUCACCAUCACUACCACUACGACCCUCAGUCUCACACAGUAAUUCACACACACCAUGCUCAGCCACACAGAAUCACAUAUAUGUGCAUAUGUUGAGGUUCUUGACAAAGAGCUUGGAUGCAGUACAACCACAGACCUAAACAAACAAACAAAAAUAACCCUAGAAACAUGUAUGUGUCUAUCCUAUUAUAUGCAUAUGGCAGCCAUGUUUUACAUAUAGUGUUUGUGUUGCUAGGGAAUAGGAGUUAUAGGUAGAAUUUUAUCUGUUUGUUUAAAAGGAAACUCUGUGGCUGUAUAUGUCUAGGCAUUUAAUUGUGUUCAUUGUGCUACAUUCUACCGAGGGAAUUUGAUGAUGAUCUUGUAACACAACACCCAUGAAUCUCUCUGGAAAAUUCUUUAUAGAGGUAUAUCACAUCUCACAGCAACGGUGACUCCAUGGAGUUGCCAUACACACAAGAGCAACAGAGUUGGUUUGGCUCUGCACCAGUCCUUCUGUACACAAGGUGUCCUUUGGUGUGGGACAUGCUUUACUACAAACCUCUCUUGCAUUCUUUCCUCCUUCCUGACAAGUAAAUAACAGUUCUUACCUUCUAUCCUUCUUAUCCCUCUUUUUUUUAUAUUUAACAAUGCAAGCACAUUAUAGAUGCAGAGACUCUUAGUGUUCAUAGUUCAUAGUUUUUUGAAUUCUUAAAAUCCAACUACAUCAUUUGAUAACAGUGUUUGAAAAGUGGCAUUGCCAUAGAGGUCAUGAUCUUCCAAAGGCAAAGGUCACAAGCUUUUCCUUUCUGGAAAAUACACAAAUAUACAGUCUGCCAAAACAGCCCAUUAGUUACUCUCCUGGAUAAAUUAUUGGCAGUGAAUAUAACUACCUAUGAAGAUGUAAAUACACGUCUUCACUGAGGUAGGUUUGGUUCCUGUACCUUUUCCUGCUACUAUACUAGAGAUGUAGAAUCUAACUGGAUAGAUUGCUCUAGGAUAUGCUUUUCUCAGGCUCCUGGCAUUUUUCCAGCUUCUCUUCCUUUGUGUAUGUAUCUGCUGCUGAUCUCUGGCUUUGCUCAGGCACAUAGGUUGCUGGUGAUGUCCAUGGAUAAGAGCCAAACAUUUACCAUGAAACCUCUUUUAGUUAAACUGGCCCACAAAGGCGUGAGCUAAUAGUCAUGGUUCCAGAAGUGAGUUGGGAAUAGGGCAGACCACUGAAUUCUCCAGGGGAAGACUCAUUUGGAUUCUCACAGAAGGUAGACUAAGGUUUUGAAGGAUGAGUAUGCUUUGUCUAAUAGUGACCUCAGCCGAAGGCUCUACUGACAUCAUCUUUUCAUUGUGUAGGAGUAUGUUUAGCAAAAAACAAUUAGUAAGUUACCCACGGCAGAGUUUUCUGAUACAUUCUUGUACCCUUUUGAUGUGUACAACUUAGCUUUUACCAAAUAUCUUUCCCUUCUACCAGUUGAUGGGGCCUAUUCAUCUGAGUUUGUCUCCACUCAGAAACUAGGCCAUAAGCCUUUGCCCCAGCAGCAGAACCAAAGUUCAGGAACAAGACAAUAAAAUUCCCCUCUGGAGGAACUACCUAAAGAUAGCCACCUAAAUAGGAGAUAUCAUAUCUCAGAAUAGGCCUUCUGUGCUGGGCAGCCCAUCCUGUGGUUAUAAUUCAUGGUGCAGGAAUGCAACCCCUAUGUGGCAUCCCAGCACCCAUCAAUGAGGUUUUAGAUUACCUCAUUCUAUCAAUAUAAUAUUAAAAUGUUUACCUAUCUUAAAUAUAAGUCACUUUGCUUUUAUAGCUGACCUGCUUGCCUGAAUUGCUCUGAGUCUAGAAGCUGCUGUCUCUGGCACCUCAUAGUAAAACAGCAGGGGACUAAGUAAAGUAGCCAUUAUUCUAUCUCCACAGGAACUGCUGGGCUCUUGGUUGAAGUCUAAGGAAGAAAAAGAGGAGGGAGGCCUGUCUCUGCUCUAUGUCCUCAGCACUUGUGUUUUUCAGAGGUCAUGGUCACAUUGUAAAAAGUUCAUCACAAGUUUGCACAUAAAGUCAGGCCAUGAAUUAAAUAAAAGGUUUAUAACAGAGAAUGUCUACAUGAGUAUCCCCUAAGAGUAAUUAUCUGGGUAAACAUUCAUCAUUUGUUAAUAGCUCUACAGGUUCAUAGAGAGUUAAAGACUGUAACUAAGUUAUUCUUGAAGUUUUGUAUAGAUAAACCCAGUUCAUAUUUUAUCUUCCAUCUGUGCACCUAUAGUAAAUCCUUAGCUCCUUUUCUAAGACUUUUAGUUAAUGGUUUUACAACUUCUUAGAAUGUGCUCUAGGUGUUAGAUGACUGUUUGUUUCUUAGAAGCAAUUAACUCCUGACACUUGAAGACUGGCAGAGUUUUCAUGGCAGUUUUGACAUCAAAAAAGAUUUAAUAAGCAGCCCUAUUAUAAACAAGGCUUGAGUAUCUUUGUCUGCGUCACCAUUUUGAAGUGGUAGUGACCCCUGCAUGCUGGUUGUUUCUGCAGAAUAAAUGUUCUUUGUUCUUUCAUACCACUUGAGUCUGGGGUCUUCCUUCAGCGAUUCUCCAACCCUAACACUGGGAUGGUCAGCAAAAUAAUAUUUGUUCUGAUGUUGAAGGAAGUACUCAAUGCACCAAUCCUUUUUCUGGUGCUGGAUUUUUAAAUCCUAAUAAGUCCAUAUAAAAGACACAAAAUAAAGAUAUUAAUUAUAAUGCUUAGAUUGUGCAGAUCUAGGGCUUUACUAACUUACUCCCCAGCCAUAAGGCCCCUUAUUUCUUGCAGUUUCUCCUGGCCAUGAGGUUUUGGUCCAUGGCAACUUCCUCCUCCUCUGGCUUCUUCUUCUCUCUCUCCCUCCUUACCUGAAACUCCCUGUCAAGCCUCUAAUCCCACCUGGAAUGCCUCAUUAGCAUGGGGAAGCAUUUCAGAAAUCUCUGGUGCUGGCUGAAUGAGUUUUGUCAGGGGAAAGGAAAUUGGUCCUAUAAUCUAACUGAGGCUACAUGGCAUUUCUUGGGUCAAGGUGUGUGUGGGAACUUAGAAUUGCCUGGACAAGGUCAGAGAAGGAGAAAUUCUGCUAAUGAAGGGAAGGGAGCUAAUGAAGGGAAGGGAGUACUUGAUUACUUGCCAAGCCCCACAAGGCUAUCCAGUCAAUUGUAGACUUUGACCUUAAUCAGCAGUUUUCCCACAUAAGUUCCCCCCCCCCCC